CCUCGCAGCUCCUGUAGUUGGUUUGGAGGGUUUGUUUUGGCUGUGUGUUGCAUUACGGGCAUUUCCUAUCAGGUCCAAAACCUGCUUUAAGCUGUGGCAUCAUGUCUGACAAAAGUGAGCUGAAAGCAGAGCUUGAAAGGAAGAAGCAACGCUUGGCACAAAUCAGAGAGGAGAAGAAAAGGAAGGAGGAGGAGCGCAAGAAGAAAGAGGCGGACACUUUGAAAGAUGCAGCACUUCACCAGGAUGACUCUGACCUGGAGAAAAAGAGACGUGAAGCUGAGGCCUUGCUACAGAGUAUGGGCAUAACCCCAGAAGUUCCUGUUGUCCCUCCUCCGAUGUCUCCCACUGCCAAAUCGGCGGGCACGCCAAGUGAGGCAGGGAGCCAGGACUCUGAUGGAGCCGUGGGACCCAGGAGGGGAACUCCAAAACUGGGAAUGGCCAAAGUCACUGUGGUGGACAUCCCUCCACGUGAAACUGUGUCCUACACUAAAGAGACCCAGACACCUGUCAUGACCCAACAAAAAGAAGAAGAAGAAGAGGAGGAAGAAAUUUCUGCGCCUCAACCUGUUAUUGAGACUCAGACUGAGAAACUGGACCAGGCAGAGGAAGAGGAAGCCCCCCCACACGAGUUGACAGAGGAAGAAAAACUCCAGAUCCUGCACUCAGAGGAGUUUGUGAAUUUCUUCGACCACAGCACUCGAAUUAUUGAGCGGGCUCUAUCUGAGCAUGUGGACGUCUUCUUUGACUACAGUGGUCGUGACUUGGAGGAGAAGGAGGGUGAAAUCCAGGCCGGGGCAAAGCUCUCUCUCAACAGGCAGUUCAUGGACGAGCGCUGGUCCAAGCAUCGUGUCGUCACCUGCCUGGACUGGUCCCCCCAGUAUCCUGAGCUCCUGGUUGCUUCAUACAACAACAACGAGGACGCUCCUCACGAGCCAGAUGGCGUGGCCUUAGUGUGGAACAUGAAGUACAAGAAGACGACACCGGAGUACGUCUUCCACUGUCAGUCUGCUGUUAUGUCUGCUGCGUUUGCCAAGUUCCACCCGAAUGUUGUGGUGGGCGGCACAUACUCGGGGCAGAUUGUGCUGUGGGACAACAGGAGCAAUAAGAGGACCCCAGUGCAGAGGACUCCACUGUCUGCAGCAGCACAUACGCACCCAGUGUAUUGUGUGAAUGUGGUCGGCACCCAGAAUGCCAACAACCUGAUCAGCAUCUCCACUGACGGCAAGAUGUGUUCUUGGAGCCUGGACAUGCUCUCUCAGCCACAGGACAGCAUGGAGCUGGUGUUCAAGCAGUCCAAAGCUGUAGCUGUCACCUCCAUGUCCUUCCCUCUCGGAGAUGUCAACAAUUUUGUGGUGGGCAGCGAGGACGGCUCUGUCUACAUGUCGUGUCGUCAUGGAAGCAAAGCGGGCAUUAGUGAGAUGUUUGAGGGCCACCACGGGCCCAUCACAGGGAUCAACUGUCACACAGCUGCAGGGCCGUUGGACUUCUCCCACCUGUUCGUUACCUCCUCUUUCGACUGGACUGUCAAGCUGUGGAGUACCAAGAACAACAAGCCACUCUACUCAUUUGAGGACAACUCGGAUUACGUGUAUGAUGUCAUGUGGUCUCCGACUCACCCUGCUCUGUUUGCUUGUGUGGACGGUGUGGGCCACCUCGACCUCUGGAACCUCAACAAUGACACUGAGGUCCCUACCGCUAGCAUCACAGUGGAUGGUAACCCAGCCCUCAACAGGGUCAGAUGGGCUCAGUCUGGCAGAGAAAUUGCUGUGGGAGACUCUGAUGGACGAGUUCUUGUGUAUGAAGUUGGAGAGCAAAUUGCGGUUCCACGAAACGACGAGUGGACCCGUUUUGUUCGCACGCUGGCAGAGAUCAACGAGAACAGGGAUGAUGCAGAGGAGCUGGCAGCUCAGCGCCUGGCUGCCUGAUCUAGUUGCUUCGGAUGUGAUGCUUUAGGGACCAGUGGUGUGCUUGUUAAUAUCAGCCCUGUUCUGAUGGAAGGAAAAGAUGUUUGAUCAGAAAGCAGUAUGGACAUCUUUCUCUGCAAACACUUGAUUUCUCACACCUUCUUAUUUGCCUUCUCAGUUAGCUGGACCGUCAACAGUCUUCCUUGGAAAAACACAAAGCGACAGGGCUAUCAACUUCAGACACUAACAUGAAGCCAUAUUCACAAACACAAAACGGUCGUCCUUUCUCUAACCAGUUGCCUUAAAACUUUAAUUUUAAACUUGAUUGUAAAAUCCUAUCUCUUUAUUUUGGGCAUGUUAACAUGAGCCUUAAUUUUUCAGUGAAGUUCUUCAAGCCAAAUAAACAUUCAUCUCCACGUAUUCAUCUUCAAUCAAUGAACGACAUUCACAGCCACGCUCCACUUCCACACAAGAUGUAGUAAAGCACGUCUUUACAUACCCAGGAAUGUAAACAUCUCAUAACUGUAGCCCAUGUUGCCAAUCUCUGUUCCCUCAGACUUGAUGACCUAAAUCUCCCUUUGUUUGUAAGAUACUGAAAUGUCCUAAAUCCAGAUGUCUUUGUACUUCUAUAUUGUUCUAUAAUGACCAGUUUCCACUCAAUCAGUGCAGCUGGUUAGAUUUGAAAUAGUAGGAAUAUCCUCCAUGCCUAAGAAGAUGAUCGUUUUAUGCUGUAACUACUCAGUGAUUUCCAGAUCUGUAAAUGUAUGUUGAUAUGAUCUGAAUAGGGAAUGUUUGUUUCCUCAAGAAUCUCAAAGCUUGGUGUCAAAUUUGAGAAUGUACUUUUCACACGUUAGAAACAAACAGUUUGAAAUGAUUUAUUUCAAUAAAAUACAAUAAAUACAUUUAAAUUAUUUCCCAAGA